AUGGCGGUAUCGCCCCUGCCCACCCAAAUCCCUACGACUGCUAUUGCUACCGGUGCUCCAAAGUCCCUCGCAAUGCGCAAUAUUACGUCUCAAGAAACCCGCGCCGUACCUGGCAGCGAUAUUGCACACCCCAAACCAUCUGCCCCCGAACCAGACGCAGCAGAACAGUUAAACGCGGAUGUUCGGCAGAAAUACGUCAAGGACAAGAAACUUGGAGAAGGUACAUAUGCAGUGGUAUACCUGGGCCAUCUACGAGAUGAUCCCUCCUCGCUCGUCGCAAUUAAGAAAAUUAAAUUAAACGCGGAAUACAAAGACGGACUCUCGAUGGACGCAAUUCGAGAAGUAAAAUACCUUCAGGAAUUGUCUCAUCCGAAUGUCAUCGCUCUACACGACGUUUUCUCCUCAAAGGACCAAAACCUAAAUUUGGUACUCGAGUUCUUACCCCUUGGCGAUCUCGAGAUGUUGAUUAAAGAUAAUACAAUUCAGUAUGGUGUUGCUGAUAUAAAGGCGUGGAUAAGCAUGCUUGCGCGUGGUGUCUGGUUCUGCCACAAGAACUUCGUUCUACACCGUGAUAUUAAACCAAACAACUUGCUAAUUGGAUCCGACGGAGAGGUUAAAUUGGCGGAUUUUGGUCUCGCAAGAUCGUUUGCAGAUCCAUAUUUGAACAUGACACAUCAGGUUAUCACACGAUGGUACAGACCGCUAGAACUACUCUUUGGGGCCAGACAGUAUUCUGGUGCCGUCGACAUAUGGUCUAUGGGUAUGGUGUUCGCGGAACUAAUUCUUCGUGUCCCCUUUGCUGCCGGAAAUACAGACAUGGACCAAAUCUCCAAAAUCUGCGCUGCCUUUGGUGCGCCUACCGAAGAAAAUUGGCCGGGCGUAACGAAGUUACCCAACUAUGUGCCUGUUGAGGAGAACCAGAUUGUACCCUUGCAAGGACGAGAUUUUUUCCUCCGUCAGUUCCCAACAGCUGGACCCUUAGGUGCCGACUUACUUGCCUCCAUGUUAAAACUUGAUCCAAGGAAACGAAGCACGGCUACUCAAAUUCUACAACAUCAGUGGUGGUUUUCUGAACCCAAACCAACGAAAAAUGAAAACCUACCUAGGAAGUCAGGCGGUGAAAAGAAAAUGGGGAAUGAUAUGGGUAGACGAGUUGGUGAGAUUGACGAUGGGAAAUAUAAAGGUGUUUCCCGUCAACUCGAUUUUGGAGCCAUGAAGAAAUGA